CACAUAAACUAGAUUUAUUCUAUAAUAUUUUGUUUCUUUUGCUGAAAAGGCUGGACCUUUUGUAAUUUUUUGUAUGUCAUAUUGAACAAUUGGAUACAUUAAGAAUAUUCAACAAAAAGAUAAGAAAUAAAGCAAAGUCUAUGCAUUCAAAAUACUUUUGCCUCUCUGACAGCUCAAAUUAAAGUUGACUCCUUUGUUUUCCACGCUUUCAAAUUAGUCUCGCAGCUUUUCCUCUCAACACUCGGUUUCCUUUCUACACUUAAAACCAGAAGCACAAAAAGAGAAAGAAAGAGAAGCUAAAACUCAGAGAGUACUAUUCUCAUUAUCUCAAAUCAAUGUCAGCUUCUGUGGCUGCUGCAUCAGUAUCAACGACAACAACAACAACUGCGGCUACAACGUUUAUAAAGUGCGUCACUGUUGGCGAUGGAGCUGUGGGCAAAACUUGUCUUCUUAUCUCCUACACCAGCAACACCUUUCCUACUGAUUAUGUUCCUACAGUGUUCGACAACUUCAGUGCAAAUGUUUUAGUCGAUGGCAAAACUGUCAAUCUGGGUCUUUGGGAUACUGCUGGUCAAGAAGAUUACAAUAGGCUUAGACCACUGAGUUACAGAGGAGCAGAUGUUUUCAUUCUUGCCUUCUCUCUUAUCAGCAGACCUAGCUUUGAGAACAUUGCUAAAAAGUGGGUCCCCGAGCUGCGACAUUAUGCUCCUAACGUGCCUAUUGUUCUAGUGGGAACUAAAUUAGAUCUAAGGGAAGAUAAGAAGUUCCCAAUGAACUAUCCUGGUGCUUGCACAAUCUCAACAGAACAAGGUCAAGAGCUAAGAAAAGAGAUAGGAGCAUUAGCGUAUAUAGAGUGCAGCUCAAAAACACAACAGAACGUGAAAGCGGUGUUUGAUGCAGCGAUAAAAGUAGUUUUACAGCCUCCUACAAAAAUCAAGAAACAAAAGAGAAUAUUUGGCUUCUGCCAUGCUCUCUGAUCUCAAGAUUCUCUGGCUACUUUUAAAAUCUCUGGCUUGCUCUUUUUAUGUAUAAAUCUUUAUAGUGUUGCUAUGAACGAUUGUUAGUGUGAUUUUGUUAUCUUCGUUAUGAGAGUAAUUUGAUCUUAUAGUAGAGUGUGUGUUGUAAUAAUAAGCCAACUCUCGUCUAUGUAAAAAAAAAGAUGUACAUAAACCAAUGUAUUAAAAAUAGGUCUAGUCAGGCCUAAGCCUAGUUAUCUAAACUAGUCUAAAACUUUUAAAUCAGACAAUAAUAUUAAAGAAAUUCAUUGAUUUUUAUAA